AUGAGGUCCUUUUUGGCCUCUCUCUAUCGGAGACUGAACAAUACUGAAAACAGACCGAAGAGAAGUGGUCGAAUCGAAAGACCUAGUCCUUUUUCCUCUAAGGCAAUAGUUGAAUUUACCGAAAGUUCGAAGAAUGGGGAGGAAUCCAAUCCAACUGAGAGUGGCGCAUGUAUACCUCAGAAUGGGCUCGGCGAUCGUAAUAAUGACAGCGAAAGUGACUCCCGAACUGAAAAGUACAGAAAUCGCUUUGAUAAACUAUUGCAGGGAAUAAACAAAUGGCAGGAAGUCUUGUCGGCAGAGAUGCAAGCUAGACACAAGAUGAGGGAGGUGGGAUUCAAACGAUCGGCUGUUUCUCAAGCAGAUGCUAGCUUCAUGAAAGAAAUUCAACGACUACAGGCAGAAGGACAACUUGGAGCAUUUGAACAGCUUUUCAAGCUUGCGAAUGCUUGCCAAUUGGCACGUGAUGGACUGGGUCCCUUAGAACAUGAAGGCUUUGAGGCCCAAAAAGAAGUCCAGGGGCAUGUGUGGGAAUUACGACAAGUAGAAAAUGAACUUUUUGAAAGUUUUGCAUCCGAGCUCGGAGAAAGCUAUCCAGAGUCUUCGGUGAUUUCAAGCUCAAGCUCAGCACACGAUAUUCUGGAAAUCCCCCCUCUAGCCAUCACAAAUAAUCACGAAAUUCGGAAUCGACAGAGUGAAGACACCGGAGAUCAACUUCGUCGAUCGACAACACUCACUACUGACGUUGAGAGGCAACAAAACAGUUCAAUUUCCCCGAUUUUGAAUGACGAACCCCCAAAGAAAAGGCAAGCUGUUCGGGAUUUGAAAAUGUUACUUAGCCAUGACGAAACUCAAUCUGUUCCGGCAAUCCGCUUCAGACACUCAGUAAAAUCGGCUUCCAGUAUGAACGUAUUGGUUAAGGGACCGCUUCCACUUGACCAGAAUAGAAUAGGAGUAGAUCAAAAUUCAUUAUUGCUAGGACUAGAGAAUGGAGAAGGGCUUUUGCACCAGGAGUCCCAUUAUGACUCUACAUUGUUACUGGAUCCCGAAGUUGUUGAAAACGUUAACGAUGAAGGGCAACAACUUGAACCAGCUCCCGGCUCAGAUUCAGGACAUUCAAGUACAGAAUCAUUUCCUGAACUACUAACGCAAUUUGGCACAAAACGCGAUCGAAUCAACAAAUGGUUACUGCAUAGAAUGCUUAUAUCUAGAUCAGAAGCGAGUCUUAUUGGGCUACAGCUACAAAAAGAACCGGACUCAUCGCCAUCCCCAUGGGCGAAGUUGAUUGUUGCCUAUUUUCAAUUUGAUUACAACAUCUCAAAGUCUACAAAUUGUCGAGAAGUGCAAAACAUGAGUACGGAGGGAAAACCCUCAGAACUUCAGCAGUUUUCAAAUUACCGGGAAGAAGAUACAACGAUUACUUCUCAUCCUACUCUACUAUCCAAAACUAUCAUCGAAGAUACCGCAGCUACUCCCAUAGCAUAUCCAAGCGAUGACGGAAACACCGAGCCUCGCAAUAACCUACCUCAUCAAUCAAUAUUUGAAGGACUGGCGCAAUUCGGAUCGUUCAACCCUCGUCCAAUCAAGUUUGAUAUACCUAGUCUCCAAGUCUCUAAUUCCGAAAAGCCAGUUAUGAUGACUCGUAAGGAAAUGGCAACUUGA